AGAGCCGAGGAGAAGGAGGAGUGGAGUUUGGAUGCUUCAGUCGAGCCGGACUGCCGCUUUUCACACGAACUCAGCACAAGUUCUCCCACCAACUUUCACCGAACAAGUCGUGGACUAUCUGGAGCGGGAAUGGAGCUUUGCAUAGGCCGGUUCUGCUGUGUACUGUUGAGCCUGUUCACAGGUUUGGCCUCUGGUCUUGAGAUCACAACCACCGGGCCGACAUCCAUAGAGAAGGCCAGCGGUCAGAGUGUAAAGCUGGACUGCCAGUUCACUCUGGCCCCUGAAGAUUCUGGACCGCUUGAUAUCGAAUGGAGUUUGCUGGCUUCCGACAACCAGAAUGAAGACAAAGUGGUGAUCAUGUACUCAGGCGACAGGCCCUACGAAGACUACUACGCUCAGAUGAAGGGCCGAGUCCACUUCAACUCAGCUGACCCCAAGAACGGCGACGCCUCCAUCAACCUGACGGGGCUGAAGUCAACAGACUCGGGCACCUACCAGUGUAAGGUGAAGAAGGCUCCCGGCAUCCGCAGUAGGAAAAUGCUGCUGAUCGUCAUGGUGAAACCAUCCAAGCCCAGGUGCUACGUUGAAGGCCCCACACAGGAAGGCAAAGACAUUGUGCUGAGGUGCUUAUCCAGCGAGGGUACCAACCCCCUGCAGUACAGCUGGGAGAAGACCAGUGACAGCAAGGUGCUGCCCAGCACUGCUGUGAUGGAUCCAGUGGCAGGCACCAUUAACGUGAGGAACGCAUCUGCCAGUACAUCUGGAACCUACCGCUGCACCGUCAGCAACCGUGUGGGCACUGAGGACUGUAUACUGUAUCUAAAAGUGACGCCUCCCCCCAACACUCCAGGCAUCAUUGCAGGAGCCAUAAUCGCUGUGCUCCUGAUCCUCAUCAUCAUUGCCAUCAUCCUGUACUGCUGCUGCCGCGCCCGUCACAGGAAGAAGUACGAGAAGGAAAUCUGCAACGAGAUCAGAGAGGACGUGCCCCCUCCUAAGAGUCGUGUCUCGACAGCGCGCAGCUUCACCGUGGGCAGCCAGCGCUCCUCCCUGGGCUCCAUGUCACCCUCCAACCUGCACGAGUACGCCCUGAAGCCCCAGUACGACAAGAUUCCCUCAUCAGAGGAAUACGACAGGCCUCCGAGCCACGCCCCCCUGCCCCCGCCUGGAGCUCCUCCCAAGAUGGCCGGCCCCAACAUUAGCCGCAUGGGGGGCGUUGCCGUCAUGAUCCCUGCCCAGAACAGGGACGGCUCAAUCGUCUAGUAGCCCGUCCUCUUCUCGAGAAGGGACCGUGCAACGAGGGGAGGGAACGAAGGAAGGGAGUAGGACACAAGCCAAUGAAGAUGGAGCAGGAGCUGGGUGGGGCUCGCCUGACUUGUAGCUCUUCGUUAUUUACAAAUGGGAGUUUACUCCUCUGAUGAGACCUGGCUCUACUGUGGUGCUGAGAAGAGAAAUCAAGUUGUACUGGAAUCACAACAGAGCACAUUAACUUUUUAUCAAAUACAAAUACAAAAAAAAAAAAACUUUUAUGAAUUUUACUUCCUGGACUUUCUCACUGAAAAUGAAUUGGUGUGGAUAUAAAGCAGAAUGGUCAAUAUACAAAUUAUAUUGUACAUAAGUGAAUGCAUGUUUUUUUUUGUUUUUUUUUUAAAUAGAUGGCCCUUGCUGUAGAGAUACUGUAUGUUCAAAACAGAUCCAGGCCCCUGAUUGGCCAGCUGUACAGCUGUAUGCAUGCAUGUAUGUAUAAAACUGCAGCUGUAUGUGUGGAUAUAAGUGUAUGUUUGUGAAUGGGAGUUUGGGAAAUGUGUAGUUUGGUUUUCGUCUUCUGCGCCUACAUAACAGUAUGAUCGUUUGCCAGUCUGCUCCUUUCUGACAUUUUUAAUUCCAUCAAUUUAUCGUUAAAUGAGAUUUUCUGACCUUUGGAAAAAAUUGAAAGAAGGGCUUGUUCGAAGAAAAUUCACACAUUUUAAUUAAUCCCUCGACAAAUGCCUUUUCAGGUCAACCGUUUGCCGUCGAAGCAUUCGCUGUUUGAAUUGUCCAGUCUGGGUUUGGGCAGGGGGGCUGACGUGGACAGGAUUGGCUGGUUGUGCGGGGGAGGUUCAGGCUAACACAUCUUGUGAUUGGGCGGAUUACUGCCUCUUGACUGAGCUUAAAAAACAAUAAAAAGAGGCGGUAGCGUAUUUGGGGAAUAAGAGGGCAGCUGGACAGCAAGGUUCACUGAGCAAUCAGCUUUGAUUGUGUUUGACUGUCAACAGGCCCCUAACCCCCGCGACCACCACAACAUGUAGCCUCCACACACACACACACACACACACACACACACACACACACACACACACACACACACACAGUCUUAAUUUAUCAUCCGUUCUAUCAGUCACCCCUGCUCAGAUGUACGGCAUAUGUAAUCCUCCUUAUUUGCAAUUGCAUUACGAGGAGCCGAUAUCUUGAUUAACCUUUUCUCUGUGAAACCUGUAGUGUUAAUUGGACUUUCUAAUGAAGGAUGUGGAGUGUGCCUGCGCGCACACACAGGAACAAAAGAGAAACUGCUCUCUUCACAUUACAGCCACCUUUGGUUCGAGUUCCGCAGUGUCAGUCCCAGCUGGGUAAUAUAAAUGUUCAGUCAGUCAGUGUAAGUCGCCUCGGGUCAGUCCUGCAGUUUUUGGGUUCUUCCACUCUUAAAACAUGCCCGUUGUUCCGUAGUUUGCAAAAUGUUUCAAAGCCCAACAUCUCAUCUUGUCUGCUUCUUAACAAGAAACACAGUAUGAAUACUUAGAGUGUUUUUUUUUUCUCCGACGCCUUAUUCUAUUCCUUAUUGCAGCCUUACACACACCCCCUCAGUUCACCACUGUUCAGCCCUCGCAGCUGGAUUCUAAUAACUUCUAUUGUGCCUUGUUGCCCCAGUUGAGUUGUGUCAUAGCACAUCUGACAAUGUGCGCUGUGCUCUGAGCAGGAGCAGCAUCCCGAGCGGCCGUCACAGCCCACAGCAGCUAAAACAAUUUAAUAAUCAGUUCACAGUGAGCCUAUCGAUUGUUUUCUGUUGGCUCCAUCAGGUCGAGUCAAGGAUUUCCCACACCCACUCUCCGCUUACAAAUUCCCCCACAGCUUAAAGGGCAGUCCAACCCGAAUUCAAAAAUACAUAUUUUUCCUCUCACCUGUAGAGCUGCUCAUCACUCUGGAUUGUUUUGGUGCCAGUUGCUGAGUGUUGGAGGACCAUGAGUAGAUGCACUCUUCCUUCUGUGCAGUGAUGGGGUUUGUAGGUGUAGAAAGAAAAUAGUUCCUCCAUGAAACUGCUCACAACAAGGUCUGUGGAAUAUCUUGAGUAACCGGGUCAUGAUUUCUGGAAUGACAUUGCUGUUGAGCUUUUCAAAUGUAUGUUUUUGGCGCUUUGAGCACCACAGGCAGAGUGACAUCUCGCCGAUAUCUCCAACACUCGACAACUCACACCAAACAAUCUAGCUUGAUAAACAGCACUACAGGUAAGAGAAAAAAUACUUUUUGAUUACGAUUUUGAGGUGCACUGUCCCUUUAACAAACCUUUAUCACAGUCUUACAGCUUUGAUUUUGUAUUCCAAAACAUGUUUUUUUUUUUUUUUUUUACUUUAUUUAAGUAA